AACAGUUAUCUUUCAUAUUCCAGGUAAUGUAAGAAUUCAGCUGAAAAUUUGAACAGAUGAUUAGAUUUGUAUCUUCAUGAGUGUGGCUCGCAGACGUCUCGUUAGACCAGGCCCUCAAGAAGUUGCAGCAAUUGGGGGUAGAAAUUUGAGUUCUCAAGGCUCUAAUUUAACAGGAGUGGCAAGAACAAGUGAAGAAUUGGAGACAUUGGAAAGGAUUGGUGAAAGCGAGGCAGAGAUAUACCUGGUCACCAUGACAGCCCAUGACAGGACUCAAGAGUUUUUGGCAACAGUGCGCUCAAUGCAGGGUUAUCAACGAAAUGUGCCCAGGUCAGCUCUCCAGCGUGACCCUGGUCGAGCACAAAAGCUCCAGCAUUAUGCAGAGUUCAUGCGCAUUGCCAAGGUGACCAAAUUUUUUUUCUUCUUCAGGAUGAUUGGCCGAGAUAUCACUAGCACUUACACAAAAUUGGAGAAGUUGACACUGCUUGCCAAGAAGAAAAGCUUGUUUGAUGACAAGCCUCACGAGAUCCAAGAGUUGACUUACAUAAUCAAGCAGGACUUGAGCAGUUUGAACAAACAAAUUGGAAGAUUGCAAGAAUUGGUGAAGGUCUCACAGCCCUCUAAUACAAGACAGCAUCAUCUGGAGAAUCAUUCCAAUAGUGUGGUUGUCUCUCUUCAAUCCAAAUUAGCCUGCAUCUCUAAUGAAUUCAAGCAGGUCUUGGAAGUUCGAACUGAGAACCUGAAGCAGCAAAGGAGUAGACAAGAGAAGUACACUCAGGCUCCAGUGGUUCGAAACUUACCCCCUAUGGCAACUUCAGGCUUUCCAUCUGGAUCAGUCCUAUUAUCUCGAGGAUAUCAUGACGAGCAGGGACCUUCUGAUGUUUCCAUCGAAGUGCCUCAGUCCAUGAAUGGGCCUAGUUCUGCUCUCCAGCAGCAGUUGCUGGUGGAAGAGGAUACAAGUUACCUGGAGAGUCGUGCAGAGACAAUGCAGAGCAUUGAAUCAACAGUUGUGGAACUUGGGAGCAUAUUCCAGCAAUUGGCUCACAUGGUUAAGGAACAAGAGGAAGCUAUUCAUAGGAUUGACCACAAUGUGGAAGACACACAGAUGAAUGUUGAAGCAGCUCAUUCGGAAAUCUUGAAAUACUUCAGAUCUGUUUCAUCAAGCAGAUGGCUCAUGUUUAAGGUAUUUGGAGUACUCAUUGUUUUCUUCAUCAUAUUUGUUGUGUUACUGGCAUGA